AUGCCACCACCACCUCCGCGGGGCAGGUGAGUCAGGCGCGCCCGGCUGCGCCUGGCGGUGCCCGGGCGGGCGGAGCCGCCACUGCCGCCGCUACGGAGAAGCCCUCGGAGGGGGUCCCCCGCCGCCAUGGGGCACGGAGAAGCGCUGCCCGACCGCCAGCCUUGCCGCAUGGCCGUUUUGCGAAGUGACAAGCACUCUGGGCAGGCAUGUGAAGGAGUGAGCAGAGUGAGGAUGGGGCUGUGCCAGGUUUGUGAAUCACUUGUCCUCCUUUUUCUCCUCCCAGGUGCUUGCCAUGACUCCUGCCAAGCAUUGUGCCAGAUCAUCAACGUGUCUGAAUUGCACUCUUCUCUCCUUGCCUCUACAGACAGGAGUCUCAAUGAAACGAGCCAGGGCAUUUCCACACUUGCUGGAAGCAAGGGUCACAUCUACGUUGGCUUGGCUUUGGCAAUAGGUUCCAGUAUCUUCAUUGGCUCUAGUUUCAUACUGAAGAAGAAAGGACUUUUGAAGCUGGCAGACAAAGGAUUCCCCCGAGCUGGACAGGGUGGACAUUCUUACCUGAAGGAAUGGCUCUGGUGGGCUGGACUGCUUUCAAUGGGAUUAGGAGAAGCUGUGAACUUUGCUGCCUAUGCCUUUGCACCUGCAACCUUAGUUACCCCUUUGGGGGCACUCAGUGUUCUCAUAAGUGCUGUACUGUCAUCCUAUUUUUUAAAUGAGAAGCUGAAUAUUCACGGCAAGCUGGGCUGCAUGCUGAGCAUUUUGGGGUCAACAGUCAUGGUCAUUCAUGCCCCUGAGGAGGAGGAGGUCACCUCACUGGAUGAGAUGGAAAGCAAGCUGCAAGAUCCAGCAUUCGUCACCUUUGCUGUUCUGCUAACAGUGGUUGCCCUGGUGCUGAUGUUUGUGGUGGCUCCAAGGAGAGGUCAGACCAACCUCCUGGUCUACAUUUCGAUUUGCUCCCUCCUGGGGGCGUUCUCUGUCUCCUCCGUGAAGGGCCUGGGCAUUGCCAUGAAACAACUGCUGGAGCAGAAGCCAGUUUAUCACCAUCCACUGCUGUACCUUUUGGUGGCUGUCUUGGUGCUGUCAGUCAGCACUCAAAUCAACUACCUCAACAAAGCCUUGGAUGUGUUCAGCACCUCUCUGGUGACUCCUGUUUAUUACGUGUGCUUCACCACCACAGUCAUCACAUGCUCCAUCAUCCUCUUCAAGGAGUGGAGCACUAUGGACCUGGGUGAUAUCAUUGGAACCCUCAGUGGCUUCUGCAGUAUCAUCAUUGGUAUUUUUCUGCUGCAUGCUUUCAAAAAUACCAACAUCACCUGGAGUCAGUUGAUGGCCACCAUUGCCAAAGAACCAUCAUCACCACACCGUGAGGAUGAGACCUGUCAUGCUCUACUGGAGAGCAUGCAAGACCCAGCUUUGGCACAUGAGGAGGACAACAUUUUAUUCAGUCAGCACAACUCUCAAGCAACAUUCAUCACUGAAGUCUCAUGA